AUACAUGACAUUGUGAAUUUUCAUUAAGUAUAUAAUGCACAAAUUAACAUUUAUUGUCUUAUAUAUAUAUAUUGUUGACAUUUGACGUAUGACAUGAAUUAAGGUUAAAUCUAAUGUUUCCCAAUAAAAGGGAAUAAGAGGAGGAAAACCUUUAGCACCAUAUGCCAUAGACGGAGAAAAGAGAUCAUAACUAAAUAAAUCAAAAUGAAAUUUUCAACUUCUCCUCCUACAAGUCGUUGUACAUCUCCAGUCUUAGUAGAUGUAGGAUCAACAUUACCAACACCAGUUACAUAUAGGCAUAAUUGUAUUAGCGCUGCAACAAAAUGUUAUAAAUACUUGAGAAAGCUAUUAAAAUUUGAGCAAAUGGAUUUUGAGUUUGCUUUAUGGCAAAUGAUUUUUUUAUUUACAGCGCCACAAAAAGUUUAUAGAAAUUUUCAAAGUAGAAAACAAACAAAGUCACAAUUUGCAAGAGAUGAUCCAGCAUUUUUAGUAUUAUUAACAUGUUGGCUUUGUAUUUCGGCAGUUGGUAUUGCUGUAGUUUUGGGAUUAGGAUUUCUUCAAUUUAUAAGACUUUUACUUUAUAUGAUUUUUGUUGAUUACAUUGGUGUUGGUUUAUUAGUAGCCACUAUUUUUUGGUUUGUAACUAAUCGAUAUUUAAGAAUUGAUAAAAGUCAAGAUGUUGAAUGGGGAUAUGCAUUUGACAUUCACUUGAAUGCUUUUUUUCCACCUUUAAUAAUACUUCAUAUUCUACAACUUUUUAUAUAUAAUGGCCUCAUAAAUUCAAAUGUAUUUGGCGCACGAUUUGUUGGGAAUACACUUUGGUUUAUAUCUGUUAUAUAUUACAUCUACAUCACUUUUUUGGGCUAUACAAGUGUUGAAAUACUUCAUAAGACACACAUUAUUUUUUCUGCUUUACCAAUAAUGCUAUUAAUAUAUAUGGUCACAUUAUGUUCUGGGAUCAAUAUCAGUCGUUUGGUUAUGGAUUUUUAUCACUAUAGAGUUAAUUAAAUAUAUUAUAUAUAUAUAUAUAUAUAUAUAUAUGACAAUUUAUUGUGGCGACUUGAAAAUAUUUAAAUUUAUAAUAUAGGUUUUUUUAUUUAUGUAAUAUUAAUAUAUAAGAAAACCUUAUAAGAGUAAUCCUGGACAGCAUAAGAAUUAUUUUGUGUAUAUUAAGUAUAUACUGCUUUGUACAUUUCCCAUAUAAGUUAACAUUUUUUACUAUUUAAAAAAAUAAUCUAAUAUGGAAUUUGAUUGUUAAUCUUAAUUUAUCGAUCAAAUAUCACUUGCAUUAUAUAACCUAUAAAAAUAAAGAUUUAUUUGAAUUUGCCGCCAUUAACAUAUGAAAUUACUGCGCAAGUAAAAACUUGUACAAUCUGGCAUCACGGCAGCCAGUAAAAGAUGACCUAAGUGUUGUAAUAGUAAGCUGUACAAUACAAUGACAACCGCUGUAAAAUGACAGUUGUCAAUGUAAAUAGGUUACCAUUAUACUUUUCAUUGACAAAUA